UGCGACGACGCUGAGACGUCUGUUUCGGUACACGGCCAAGCCGGCGAGACGCCAAGAUCAGCUCAGUCGCUUUCCGGUCGGCAUUUUAUAAAUACUGCAAGCGAGAAGCUAAAGUUGAGAAGAAAGUGAAAAUAAAAAAAUUACGCGUGAUAAAUAUUUGUGUAUUUUGCGUGAAAAUUGCGUAACAAAUCGUUUCACGCGGCAACUUUGAUUUUCGGUCAAAGUUAAUUCGCAUAGUAGUUCGGGGGCGGUUUUGAAAUGGGAUGAAAUCAAUGGAACCCGGGAGUUUUUCUAUGCUGUGAAUAUAUGUUCGAGAGAAUCUUCGUUUCAUAAAAAAUCUUCAAUGUGAUCGUUGUGCAGCUGGAACGUGCUGCGGGUUGAUAAAUGCAAUCAGUUGGUGCGAGGAGGAUUAAUAAUCUGUUUUGAAAUUUAUUUUAUACUCAUUUUACGUAGUUUGUUUUGUCCUUGUCAGUAUUUUCACUUAGCUAACAAUGGUUCGUAUGAACUAGAUGAAAGUGCAGCAGCUGCAGAUUCGAACAUCGUUCAACUCUGACGUCAUCUUCAUCAUCGCACGUUUUGAAGAAUUGAAAUAAAUACGCAGUGCCUCCAGAGGCCAACCGCUCGAAAAUUGGUGAACGAGCUAAAAUGAGUUUGAUGAAGAAGGCCAUCGGGGGAUCGAUUCACAGGAUACGAGAAUUUGAACUCGAAAAGGUAAACCUUGGGGAUGAGUUUGACAUACUACAGAUCGUCGGUGAGGGUUGGUUCGGAAAGAUUCUUCUGACUGAGCAUCGAAGUACGCAGACUGAAAUGGUGCUAAAAGCACUGCCCAAACCGUACACAAGCAUAUCGGAUUUUUACAGAGAGUUUCACUAUGGCCUUCAUCUUUCGGCUCACAGAAACAUCAUUACAACUUACGACGUGGCCUUCGAAACGGCGGGGUUUUUCGUUUUCAGUCAGGAAUACGCGCCAUUGGGUGACCUCACAUCCAACGUGACGGAAACUGGACUAGGUGAGCUUCACGCGAAGAGGGUGGCGAGGCAACUGGCUGCUGCUAUUCACCACAUCCACAGUAGAGAACUCGUGCACAGGGACGUCAAGCUGGACAACAUCCUUGUGUUCAAAAGUGACUUCUCGCGAAUAAAGCUCUGCGAUUUUGGUGAGACUCGUAGAGUGAGCACUGUGGUUAGACGGCACAAUGAGUGGCUUCCUUACUCACCCCCGGAAGUACUUCAGAUCGACACUGACGAUGCCUACAAGGCUCUAACGGCCCAUGAUGUCUGGCAGUUUGGAAUAGUGAUAUUCGUAUGCCUCACCGGCUGUCUGCCAUGGCAGAAAGCAGCUACUGAUGAUCCGAGGUAUGCAAGGUACCUCAAUUGGCACUCGGCUACCCUGAACAUCGCUAAGAAGCCAAAACUGUUUCAGUUAAUCAGCUCGAGAGCGCAGAGAAUGUUCAAAAGACUGUUAGAUCCUAAGCAAGAAAAACGUCCAGCUAGUGUAUUUGAAGUAAAUAAAUACCUUGACGACAGAUGGCUAGCGAAACUCGGCGCAGAGAAGGCGUUGAAUGGCGGAGCGGACGAAAGAGACGAGUUGUGUCCGUCAAUGUACAGUUUCCACAGUUCGCUAGAAGAGAAAAAUCAGUUGUUAUUCACCCUGACGCAGUACGGCAUUGAGACGACGGUGGACAGAUCUCGAAAAAAGGACCGUAUUCGGGAAUGGAUCGAGUCAAGUGCAAUAAUGGAGGAGAACGAGGAAGAAUCUGAGGGUGAGGACGCAUCGGAUACAGAGGAAUUGAACAUGCGAGGAAAGCACUUUCCGGAAAGACGAGAGAGCGCCAGAAGCCCGGAACCAGUCCAGCCGAAGGCGAAGCGUUCCAAUAGCAAGAGGAACAGCGUGCAGCAGACUAAGCUUCAGGGCUACGCAACACCAAAGCCGAUAGAGAGAAAGAAUCCAUUCGCUCCAAAAGUGGCGAAGGAACGCCAAGCGAUAGCAAAAAGCGCAAGCUUUCCAAACGGGGAUCCAAGCCUGGCGGUGAAGCUUUCAGGUUCGGACAACUUCGCCCUUCCGGAAGUGACUGACCUCCACAAACCUCCGGCAGAGAUCUAUUCGAGCUCUGGUAUAUUUGACCAUUAUAACGGUAAAAUUGGCCACCAAAACCCGAUCAAUAGUCCCCAAAAUGGCGCUGAGAACUCGCGGCAAAGUCCAGCCAAGGUCGUCUCGGCACAGCGGAACAGAACGGCGGCCGGUGAGUCGACCAACGAUAACAGAUCGUCGCCGGUCGAUUCGAAAAUCGGCGGAAGAUCGGGGAACAAUAGCGUCAAUGGCAGUCCAAGCAGCUCAACUAACGUCUCGCGUGCCAGUCCAACAGCCUCCGGCGUUUCUCAGACCGUUGUAAAUCCCACGAGCAUCGCGAUGUCGCCCGAAAAUGGGGGUCAGACUCUGGAAGCGGAGGGCGCCCCGCUCGAAUCAGCUUCGUACAGGUCCCGGAGUCCGCAAGCCCCGGCACGCAAGCACCGCUCUCAAACGGCAACGCUUCCGGUGCUGCAGCCGACCGCCGCAAGUCCAAAAUCCGUUCAACCUAGGCGGAGCCAAACUACCGUACUUCCAGCAAUACCCAGCGUUGCUCCUCUUCAGCCCGUGAAUCCUUUGACAAUGUCGAUCGCCUCCCAGCUGGUAAUGCAGAGCUUCAACUCUCUCCAGGCGAUGAACAUCGCUUUGCCGGUCAUACAGCCCGAGGAUCCUCAGUCGGUAACGUCGGACGGUAGGGCCGAGCGGCAGACGGUUGAACAGACCACCAGAACCUACGGCAAAGACGUUUAUGAGCACUAUGGUAUCGCUCAGGGUGUUGUGAUGAAGGUUAUCUCCGACGCACCCAGACACAGAGGGUCUACUGGCAGCGGGAGUAGAUCCGUUAGUAAUAACAACAGAAACUGUAGAAUAAAUUUCCAGAACACCGAGCCCCGGGGAAUAGGGAUACGAAUGGACCUGGGGGACCUGCAGCCGGGGGUGGCGGGGGUCAGCGCAGUUCCAGGUAAAGCUGUUCACCCUGUCAGGUGGUGGACGCCAUCGGCAACGCUCACUUCCUCCACGAUAGCACCGGUUUCAUCAGCCUCCGGAAACACUGACGUGAUGAAUCAGCUCUGCAGGGUCUGCGGAGAACCUGCCGCGGGGUUUCAUUUCGGGGCGUUCACCUGCGAAGGUUGCAAGUCAUUCUUCGGUCGAACAUACAACAACCUGAGCAGCAUAUCGGAGUGUAAAAACGGUGGAAUAUGUGUAAUAAACAAGAAGAAUCGUACAGCGUGCAAGGCGUGUCGUUUGCGGAAGUGUCUAAUGGUGGGAAUGUCGAAAUCGGGUUCUCGAUACGGUCGACGAUCAAACUGGUUCAAAAUCCACUGCCUGUUGCAGGAGCAAUCAAACCAAGUACAGACGCGCCUGAAAGCUCCGAAGCUACCGUACAACGAGAAGUCGUUCAGCAGUCAAUUGGACGCUGCGAACAACAACACGAGCACUAACAACAACAACAACAACAAUAACAACAACAACACGACGAACAACAACUGCAACAAUAACAACAACCACAACCACAACAACAACAACAACAACAAUAACAACAACUGCAGCAGCAGCACCGUAAACAGCUACAUCAACGAUCAAAGAUUGCCAAAGAGAGACCUCUGCAACGAGGGCCCAACAGCGGCGGCGGCGGCGGCGGCGGGGCCUCAGGACCUCCUCAGGCAUCCAGAUUGUGCCCAAGUAAUGAGGUCCCAAGACCUCAUCCGUGCCGAACAGGCCCGUUUCCCGAUUUGGCGUGGUCCUCCCUUCUUUCAUCCCGCACUUACGACCCACAUGCAGCUGCUCAACAGUCCAUUCUUCCCGUUCCAGCAACGAUUCAUGGUUCCCUACGUGAGUCAUUUGAGCCCUCCUAAUCUACAACCGGUAACAAGUAUCCUCUCGAGUUCUUCGAGCGAGAGCUUUAGUCCCAGAUCAACGCCGUCGCCGAAACCGUCGGAGCUUUAUAGGACCCCACCGUCUAAUCUAAGCUCUGCCGCAUCCCGCGACAAGAGUAUAGCCUUCCUAAGGUCUCUGGGACCUGAGCAGGUGGCGCCGAUCGACCUCAGUAUGAAAUCCCGGGCUGAGUGUACCACGGUAACCGAUGCCGCUGGUACCACGGAUGAUGAGAAAAGCUCCGAGAGCGAGGAGGAUGGGGAGGAAAUCGCGGAAACGGAAACGGGACCGCCCCUGGACCUCACUAGGAAAACAUGACAGUGACGCGCGCGCGCGCGUGUGUGUGUGUAUAUAAAUGUGUGUGUGUGUGUGUGUCUGUCAGGGGCCCGAUACUGCAGAGGAAUACUAUAUAUAUAUAUAUAAUUAUACGCGAAAGAGGGGAUACUGAUUUAUUUGUAUAAACUUUCUCUCCCUUGUACACCGCCCAAUAUUAUGACUUUUUAAAUAAACCGAUAUUUCGACAGUACCGACAAUAUAUUAUAUUAUACUAUACAUAUUAGGCCUACUGUUUUCAGUGCCAGUAAACCACGUGAUAUUUUGAAUAUUAUACAUGUAUGUUACUAUAUUAAUACAUAUGUAUGUGAAACUGUACAUGUAGAGACAAACUUUUGUACGACACCGAUUUACGAAGUCGUAUGGAUAAAUCGUGUGCGAUGCGCGUUCGUGUGGCAAUAUUAUGUUAUAGUUCGCUGAUGGAGUGGCCAGUGGUGUUUCUUUCUCUAUUUUCUUAAUUUAUUUUUUUUUUUUAACACGUUUUUUUUUUCACCGACGGAUUUGUUUCUAUCUUAAUAUUUUGUGCUUCGUUUUUAUUUACUUGUACAACUUUUUUUUCUCGUCUCUGAGAGAUUAUUUAUGAGCAUUUUGCGUAUAUUAUAGAUGCUGAUUCUUAUUUAAUUGAAUUUCUCCAAUAAUUAUAUAUCUAUCAAUUAUCAAGAUUGCGAGGCCAGUACAAACAAGCGAUUAUUAGAUAUAAAUAGAUAAUAUACGUAUACUUAUGUUUAUACAUUAUAGGUAUUAUAAGAUCGUGAAAAAUUACGUGUAAAUAUAUAUAUGGAUAUAUACAAUAUAAAUGUGUGUGUGUGUAUGUGUGUGUGUAGUAUACAUAUAUAUAUUAUUACAUGACGUAAUAGGCAUCAGUUAUAUUUGUACUAUAGAUAAAUUGAGAAAU